CCCUCAACUCCUUGCGCACUCUGUCAAGUACUACGAUUCUGUUUCUUUUUUCUUCACACACUUAAUCCUAAGCUUCCUGUGAGCUAAUCGCAGUAUCACAGCACGAUGACCGAAUUCAUUGGAGCGAGGAUAUCACUGGUAUCCAGGAGUGACAUUAGAUAUGUCGGCACACUCCAUGAAAUUAACUCAGAGACCUCUACUGUGGCACUCGAGAACGUCACAUCUUUCGGUACAGAAGGACGGAAGAGUGACCCAAGUGAGGAGAUCCCGCCUUCAGAUGGCCUCUACGAAUACAUUGUAUUCCGCGGGAGUGACGUUAAAGACCUGAGGAUCGAGGAGGCUCCGGCAGCUAAGGAAAACAAACCUCCCCAGGUCCCCAAUGAUCCUGCUAUCCUAGGUAGCGGGUCUCGCCCUCCAACACAAGUUCAGGUGCAGGCUCAACGUCAAAACCAACAAGGACCACCUCCACAGGUACCUCAACAGCAAGGCCUCCCACCUCCAGGUGGCCCCCCUGGCGGUCCUUACGGUCAACACCCUCAGUAUCCUCCAUUCUACCCUCCUCCACCGGCUGGCUGGGGUCGCGGUGGUCCUGGCCCUGGAUUUCCUGGCAUGCCAUAUGGUGCUCCGCCAGGCUGGUAUCCUCCACCAGGUCAGGGAUUUCCCCACCCUCCUGGGCCCUUCCCUCCCUAUGGCUACCCGCCAGGACCGCCGAGCCAGCAACUCCCACAAAGCCAACCACCGAAGCCAGCUCCUAUUGGGCCAGGUUCAAAUAAACAGCAGAGUCCUGCACCAGCUGCUGAGAAGCAAGCCAAACCUGAGAGCUUAGCCAAGCCUGCCGCGGAGAUGGCUGCUGCAGCAGUGACACAGGCCCCUGUUCCCCCAAUUGCUUCGAAACCAUCCGCUACCGAAGUCCAGAAUGCAGUUGAGCAUCCGUCUGCAUCUCAAAGUGCCGCGACAGCCGCAGUUUCCAAGGCUGCUCCUGGCGCUCCCAGCGGACCAAAAGCCAACCGUAUCCAACCAGUCAUUCCGUUGCAAAGCCCUGCGACUACGAAGGCGCCCUUACAGGCAAAUUCUGGGAAUGUUGCCUCCCCGCCAGCAACACAAGCUGCCGUAACCAGUCUUAGAGAUGCUACCCAAGCUGCUACAGCUGCUGUCGCUGCUGCUAUGGCAAAGCUCCCUCCAAGUCAAGUGAAUGGAAAUGCAAUGGACAAUUUGACGAAGAAGGUCAAUGAAAUGAGAACAAGUGAUCCAAUCCGUGCCCCUAGACAGCCGGGAGGAGCCGGUGGCUUUGCUCCGGGAAGAGGUGGCCGUGGACGAGGUGGAGCGCGUAAUGCAAGCGCAAAAGUCGAAGUCCCAGCAACAGAUUUCGACUUUGAAUCCGCCAAUGCCAAAUUCAACAAGCAGGACUUGGUCAAGGAGGCCAUUGCCGGAUCACCUCUUGGCGAACAGUCGCCUGCUACAGCAUCAGCUGAGCCAGAAGUUCCGGCAAGCGGUUAUAAUAAGGCGGCAUCUUUCUUUGACAAUAUCUCGAGUGAGAGUAAGGAUCGAAUGGAAGCCGGAAGUGGACGCCCUGGAGGCCGGGAAUGGCGAGGCGAAGAGCAGAAGAAGAACCUGGAAACAUUUGGCCAAGGGAGCGUUGAUAACGGCUACCGUGGUGGGUUCCGUGGCCGAGGUGGUAGACGAGGCGGCUUUAGAGGACGAGGUUACAGUGGAAAUGGCCAACCAGGACGUGGACGUGGAGGAUAUCGAGGCCGCGGUGAUGCGCAGACCACCGUACAAUAAUUUCGAUCUGGCUGUACUCUGGACUCGCUGAACGAGAAAGGGCUUUCCUUGCGCUGUAUCAAAACUUUCUUGCGAACGAAUUUUCUUUUUCGGCUUCGGGUCAAAAGCGGUCUAAGCAUUUUGUUGCUAAGCGAACGGCUCACUGGGAAUAUCGUUGUGUUUUCUUAUUUUUUGCAAUUUGUAUCACCAGGAUCACGGACCCGAAACGAACAAGGGAAUUACGAAAUGACCAAGCCUUUGCUUUGGUUGGGUGGCGAAAAGCGCGAUCCUAAUCUUGAAUGAACAGACUGGGGAAUUCAGUUUUCUUUUCUCCAACAUGGCGGAUGAGUGCUCUUGAUACCUGGUAAAAAACGGAGUUUGACGGAGGAUGGCGGAUGGCUUUUGCUUGCUUGAGAU